CAGGAACAUCUUACCCGCAAAUAAUCCAUUCACUUUUUCCCCUUUGGCCAAGCCCCAGGGCCGAUCGACAUUGCUCUGUGACAAUCCCACGCGCAAAGCUGUUCCACCGACCCACAGGCCCGGACUAAACCAAAGCCAAAGCCCACCUGCGUUGCGGCGCGACUGAGCGCCUCUUCAAACCCAAGGUGACUCCCUUUUCGCGACUUGCCCUCACAGAACAGCUUUCACAGUAACUGCACAGUCAUUUCCAAAGCUGUCGAGUCGUGGUACAAUCGGUAUUCACUAUCAGCAUCACGCCUUGUUGCGCGCCGAAAACAACCCCUUUGGAGACCUCAAUUCGCAUUCAACCCACCCGCUGACCGCAUCCCCUCAAUCGAACUGGACUUUGUCCGAAGAUACGUCCUGCUGCUUUGGCCUUCCUGCGCUUCUUGGAGUGGCUGAGACUGGGCUCGAUUGCCUCUCGAAAGUAACCCUUGCUUGGGCAACGAAACGAUAGCGUACCCUCGCCUUCUAGUAACCGGCAAGACCAGACCACCUCGACCUUCUUUGGCCGUUGAAUCCUUUACACAGUCCGUCGCCAACGCACUACACACCCUACAGAAUAGACCUUCUCGAUUUCUUUCGAGGAGAAAAUGCCACUACGGCUUUGACCUUUCGCCCGCGCCCUGCGUUCGGUGACAGAUCAGUCCCUUGGAGAUGUCAGUGCCCAAGCCUCCUGUUGCGAUCAAGAAUCAAUGCUCCGUUAUUCAUGACGGAGUCAUCUACGUUUAUUCGCCAGACGCGUUUCAGACCUUGGCGUUGAAAGAGGGCGCCAAGUGGGAAGAAGAGGCAAAUGGCGUGUCAGUAACAGGAGCAGUCUGUGUAAAAGGUGGCCUGGAUGGUGACAACUCCAAAUCAGCUUUGUAUGUUGUGGGUGGCGCGACAAAUGCGUCGACAACGGAUUAUACUGGCUUACAGCGAUAUUCAUUCGAGGACAAAUCAUGGCAGACUAUCGUCCCUGUUGUCAACGUCACCCAAAAUCGCCUCUACCAUGGAGCGGCUUAUUUGAAUGCCUCAUCGACACUGGUCGUCUAUGGCGGGUCCCAGAAUGACAACGCUGGGCCGUCCUCAGAGACCUUUACAAUCGGGUUGUUUCCUCCUUACUCAGUGCUGGCAUACAGCUCGACCGCACCGCCAACAGUCAGUCCUUUUAUGUUACCAUGGAGCCAGGAUCAUACCCUGAUGGUGGGCGGCAGUUCGACCAAUGAUAGAGUAUUUACAUUUGGUCCAUCAGAUGGCUGGCAAGACCUUGGUCUUACACUGCCGGCUCCACUACCGGAUCAUUCAAUAGCACAGAGCGCCCUUCUCACCCUGCCUGACAACAGCAUCAUUCUACAAACCUUUGACCUUGGUCAAGUACCACCAACGGUGACGACAAAUGUUCUGUUGAAUCCAGGGGGUGCUCCCGCCGCAUUCGGUGAGACCGCGGGAGGCAGCGCUACUACAGAGACUCCCUCACCCUCUUCCACAACUUCCUCAAUCACAAAGAGACAAGUAUCACUCGGCACCUACCCCGCGUACAAUGAUACACUGGCCCCUACAGCGUCUCGGACGGGAUUUGAUCUAGCACAGGGCGACAAUGGACUGGUGGCUUUAGUGGGAGGUAAUGACGAUAGCCCGGUCCUAUUCUUCAAUCAGUCUGGGAAUGGCUGGGUAGCGUCGUCCCAAUUCUUUGGAAAUGAACAGCAGCCGCCGGCGUCAUCAUCGAGUAGGAUACCAACGCCCUCGCCGACUUCUUCGAGCUUCCCAACUUUCCCUGCCACUCCCACAGGGUCGAGCACUCCAGCCACAGCAGGUUCUUCUGGCAAUAAGAAUCAAGGUUUGACUGUACUCGGAGCAGUCCUAGGUGGUAUCUGUGGACUUUUGGCGAUCCUGGUCAUCCUCCUCCUUUGGCUGAGAUCUGUUCGAAGAAGGCGGAUGGCAGGAUCUGAGAAACGCAAAGAAUACCCAGACGACAAGAAGAGAAGUGGGGAGUUCAACUAUGAAGAACGGGGGCUUCGUCCACUGGCUGGGCUUGGGCAGCCCAUGGGACGAAGUCCGAUUGCUUCAGCAUAUAUCCCCGAAGCAGACAGUGCCUCCAUGUUUGGAGACUCGAAACCUGAGCCGGCUAUGCUCAUUAGACGUGUAUCUUCAGAUCAGGCUCCGUCAGGAUACCGUGGGUCAGGCAUAGGGUUUGGACAGGCAUUGUUCAAGCGGGAGAAAGAGAGAGAAAAGGAGAAGGAGAAGGAGAAGAUUGGAUUGUCCAUUUCAAAGCCCAUGAUGCCCAUUUUGAACGAUUACCAAGCGCGACCGAGUAUUGAACUUGGGAAAGCGACACCUCCUGGCGCACCGGUAGGUGCUGCAGAUUCCGAAAGAAAGGCUUCUCAGCGCAAGACUGACGAGGGAUGGGGCAAGUACUUUCAGGGCGAACCGCUUUCGGGAAACCGAACAACGUUCUUGUCCCGGAGCUCUGGCGCAAGGAGCGGAUUCUGGCCUGGAUCCGGCGUCCUGGAAAACUCUAGCCGGUCUCCCAAGUUCAUACUUCGGGACAGCGUGGGCAAUCCUCUGGAAGCGCAGAAUGUUGCAGCUGGGAGCCCGAGUCUUGAACAUGGACCCCCUAACCCUCAGUCAAGGGGCUUGCAAUCUGUUCAGGGUAUAUCCGGGCAAAUUUCCAAUGCCGGCUCUGUGCGAACGGUAAAUUCCACGGAUGAUGACGACGAUGACGACGACGACUAUGAAGAUGAGCAAGUCUUUGACGGAGCGUUCUCAAGUGGAAUCCCUGCCAGCGUGCAUGACACGCCCUGGACGCCGGUAGGGAAUACGUGGUCGGGCCCGCCGCAACGACCGCUGCGGCCUCCGAGCAGUUACCUGGCGGCUCAGCAAGCACAGGCACAGGCGCAGGCGCAACGUUCGCCUCCGACGAUAAGCUCAAACGAGACCAGUGAUACCGCGGGAACCUUGGAUUCAUCCAUCCCCUCCUUCCCGAUGCCCAAUUCGGUUCGAUCUGCUCAGCCUGGAGGAAGUGAAGGGACCGCCAUCAACAACAGUACAACAGUCCAUCCAGAAAAGACUCGACCUAGUCACGAACAGCCACCCCGCAGUCAACCCCACGACUAUUUCAGCUAUAGCGCAGCCCAUAAACAUAAACGUAGCAACAGUCGGCAACUGCCAGACAACCACGCCAACGUCAACACGGAUAUGUCCUGGCUCAACCUCGGCACGCCGAGCCGGUGACUAUCCAGCCGGUUCUCGCAGGUGCUCUACCAGUUCCUGCUCGAUGACGUUGCUAGGAAGCCGCCGGGCAGCAAGGCGUCGCGAGUGAGUAAGGACGAGGGAUCUGUUGAGGGCCAGGGUGGGGUCACCGACACAACGACGAAGAAGCAUGUGAGCUUGUUUCGAACAAAGUCCAUGCCGAAAAACCGCACGCAUGCGUUUCAUUACCCGCUCCAAGCGGUGAAAAGGGAAACGAUACAGGAAGGAGAGGUCUGGGAGGACGAGGCUCUGCCACCUGACCCGGACAGUCCAACGUUGCCUCCUCGGGUGGUACUCGGGAGAGAAUCCAUGAGGACUGAAGGGUCGAGGGAGAGCAAGAGGCUAACCAUGUAAAAUGGGAGAGGCGAACGGGAGGAGGCAAAAAGGGGGCGACGUACUACAGCUGCACAAAGCUGGCGUUUUCGAUCCUUACAUCUCUGCUGCUUUCAGAAGGAGCGCCAUGAACAGAGCCGGCAAAAUUGCUGGAUGAGGUGGAAAGUCGCUCAUUUACUGUGCAAAGGGGGCUCAAGAUCUGUGAUGACGAUGAUGUUGUAUCUAUGUCCGACUCAUGUACUAGUGUACGAUACUGCCAGAGCUAGUUUCAAGAUAGCAAGGUGAUAAUGGUAAUGAUUCCG